AGUUCUACACCGCAAAAUGAAUCGAUUCAAAGCAAUUCAAAAAUUAAGGUGCAGUCUUCAUCAGUUCAACGAAGAAAGUCUCGUACAACAAAAGAAAACACAGAACCAUAUUCAAUUAAAGCACGCAAGAAAAGGACAACCCAAAAAAAGACAAAUUAUCGAAGAAUGUCUUAG